GUUCAAUGGAUAUGCUAGUGGAUACAAGCUUAACACUUUGACUAGGUUGGCAGAUGUCAAGUCCAGAGAGCCAGGUCACCAUUUGGUCCAUUUCCUGGUUCAUUUGGCGGACACAGCUGAUGAGCAGCUUUUGGCCUUUUUAAGUGAGAUACCUCGUUUGGAGAGGGCAGCCAGGUAAAUGUAAUAAUAUAAACCUAAAUAAUAGUGUAAUCUUAUGAUUCAAUCCAUCCCUAGCUGUGGGCAAAUAUUGGGCAUGGAUUCAUCAUCCAAGAAAGGCAGCUAUUAACAUGGUGGAGAGAUAAAUGAUGAAUUAAAUUAAACUCAAUCACUCAGAGCUGGAAGGUAACAGACAUGGGAUGAAAAAUAAAUGUCUACCCUAUCAAGGACCAAACAGAAAUUAUUAAAGUGAUGAUCUGUCCUUUCUCAAUUACUGUUUUAAAUGUCAGUGCAUUUUCUUAACUUCUGGUACAGAGAGAUUAAGCUACCCUAAACUGUGUAGUCUAUGCCCCGAAAAAAUAUUUGCUCUUUCUCCCGCUAGCUGCAGUCCUGCUCAGAUCAAGGCUGACUUUGACAGAAUGAAUGCACAGAUCAACUCCUUUGUACGCCAGUUGGCAUGUGCCAGUCAAGAAAUUAAGGAGGGCUUCGAUGGUUUUCUGGAGGUACUGCAAGACAUACAUAAUGAGAAAAAUAAUAAUAAUUCAAUUUUCAUCUUGGCUUGUUUAAGGGAAAAAAACGGUAGUUAAGAGUUAUGUGAAGGGAUUAAGUCAAGAGAAACUGAAUGUUGAGAAUAGUCAACCAAAAUUGUUGUAUUACAUAGAAAUUAUGUUGUGGUGUGUUAAUAAUAAUUGAGUGGCAGGAUUUGUCUCUGCAGUUUCACUAUGUAGUUUUAAUUGAUGUUUUGAUAAAAAAAUAAGAAAUCCAGAGCCUGGAAAAUUUGGGUUCAUUGACAAAAAAUGUCAGUCUUUAAAAGUUUGGGAAAAUGAUUUAAAAAAAAAAAGAUUCUUAAGAAAAUAAAACUGUUUCCAUUUAACUGACGUGUACAGUCCCCAUUUCUUAAGUAUCUGUAACCCUACAAGUGAGAAAUAUAUAGAUUGGUCGGUAUAUUUCUUUAAGCCAAUCAAAUUAACCUUAAAAAGUGCACAAAGACAAGUGAUUACCUAUGAAAUCAUUGGGACAAUAAAAAGUCUAAAUAGCCAUUACAGGUUCAAUUCUUCCAAAAACACUGCAGAUUGUUUCAAGGCUAUGUUUACUACUUGUGAAAUAGCAUGCAAGUUUGCAUAUUCCAACAUUUUUGGUGAUAUGCUUUUUAAAAAAAAAAAGGAUCUUAUGUUUAAAAAGCAUUUUCUUGGACGUGCCACUGUGUAAAGCUUGGAAAAAUUCAGCCCAACUACCACAGACCUUGGGAGAUCUACAAUUUAAAAAAAAUGUAAAAAAGAGGGAACAAUGUUUAAUUUAUUAAAUGAUGUAUUUUUUGUAUGAAAGUUCAAAAAACUGUUUGAAUAUGUAAAUCAAACUGAAGACAUCUGUUUUCAAAGCCACUGGACAUUUUAAAAUAUUUUGUCUAGGACAUUUUCUCAUUAUUCUGUGCCUGAUGAUUCAUCAUGAUUACUACGAUUCAUUUAUUAUUUCAAACAAGUUAAUUUUGAACACUAAGCUGGAAUUCUGGACCUUGAAGUCUGUAUGAACCCAGAGAAUUUUAAUUUUGUCAUUUUAGGAGGUGAAACGUGAAUUCCGAGACCUUCAGGCCCAGAUCACAGACUUGAAGUUUCAAUCCCAGCGCUUAGCAGAGUUUUUCUGUGAAG